UGCUCUGACUCAGGGAAAAAAUGUGGGAGCGACUGAGGGCCAUGGAUGACCUGCUGCGCUGUGGCAUAUGUUUUGAAUACUUCAACACUGCCAUGAUGAUCCCUCACUGUUCACACAAUUAUUGCUCCCUUUGUGUGCGGAAGUUCUUAUUGUACAAAACACAGUGUCCGCUCUGUUGUGUGCCUGUGACAGAACCGGAACUACGCAAUAACAGAAUAUUGGAUGAAGUGGUGAAAUGUUUUCGUUCUGCAAGAGAUUUGGCAAAGUGCAAUUUGGAGUCUCCUCCAACCUCACCUCAGGCAACACGAGCAGAUGGAUCAGACAAGAACCUUUUGAGUAGUUCCAAAGCUCAUGCUAAGAUGAAGCAAGAGACAAUGAUUAUGGACAGAUUUUUGUCUCGGAGCCCUUCUGUCACGCCCAUGAGACCACCAGGGGGACAAUCUAUGGAGAACCAAUGCAGUCUGGACGAAAUUAGCACUUAUGCCAAGUCAAUCACUGCUGCACCUAAUUGCUUGGGAGACCGAAGGAAUGCUGAUGUCGCAGAACAACCUUCAACUUCACGGGAAAUAGUAAAAGUGGAUUGCCCAGUCUGUGCAGUUGCUAUCCCUGAAAACAACAUAAACAAGCACCUUGACAGCUGCUUAACACGAGAAGAGAAGAAAGAAAGUCUUCGAAGCUCUGUGAACCAAAGGAAGCUGCUACCUAAACUAGUGUAUAAUCUGCUUUCUGAGCGAGAUUUGAGGAAGAAGUUAAAGGAAUGUGGACUGUCAACUCAGGGCACUAAAGCACAGAUGGUUAAACGACACCAGACAUUUGUGCAGACCUACAAUUCGCAGUGUGACUCCUUAAACCCCAGAUCAGCCUCUGAGAUCGCUAGAGAAAUUGAAAGGAAUGAGAAGACGCAAGCUCAGCUUGAAAGUAAAGCAAGUGAAAAUAUGAUGAAAUUCACAAAGGACCAGUCAGAAGAAGAAAUUGAUGAGGUCCACAAAGACUAUCGUAUAAAACAUUGCAAAGAAUUUCAACAACUAGUGGCCGAGGUGAGGAGCAGAUGGAAAACAAAGGGGACAAAAAUGCAGAAAGACAAGGAUGCUGAAGAGCAAUGUCCAACCAUCUCAGGAGAGGAUGUUAAGGAGUGCCAGGACAUGGACUGUAGUGAAGAAGAGCGACGUCUGGACGAGCCCCCAGUAUUAGAGAGCACAGACUUGCUUUCAGUACCUAGUCCUUUGAAAGAUGAACGUUGUUCAUCCGAUGUGGUCCCGGCUUCACCUUCAUCAAUAGCCAGGAGAAAUUUUACCAUAAUAGAGGGCAUGGCUGAAGUGUUAAAAAACUCCAUCUCUGAUAUAUGUAGAGAUCCUGAGUAUUCCCAGGAACCUGCAGACUUGCCAAACAUGGAAUUGUCAAACAACAAGACACAGAAAAGGAAAAUGAGAGGCGUGCCCAGGAGAAUGAGAUCUGAAAAUAAACGGUCACGGAAGUGAGCAUUCCAUCCCGAAGUGUGACCUGAGUUUCCAAUGAGAAACUGGAACUCUCGAUCAAAUGCAAAAAAAAAGCAUAUUUUUAACCAGAGUAUUCAAAAUAUUCUAAAAUAAAGAUUCAGCACUUUGGACCACGUGUUAUAUAAAUAACCUCCAGAGUUUAGUGUUGAAGAUUGUAGGAGGAUUGAGGAAUACAUUUAAAGUGCAUAUGCCAGACAGUUUCACUGAAGGUGGAACAAUUGCAAUUUACCUGCAAUUUUAACUUAAAUGUGCAAAAGCGUGGACUACAAUUGGCAUGAUCGGAAUUGGGACCUGGAUUGCGAAAUGUCUGCAGUGAAAAGGAAUGUUUCAAUGAAGUAGUAACCAAGAAUAAUGCAUAAAGCUAACUGCCUGUUUCUUUGUAUCAAGCUGUCCAUUGCUCACUAAUUAUUGAUAUGCAUAAGGCACAGUUUGUGGGUAGGAUCCAUCUUUUUGCACAGGCUGUUCAGAGUUUGUGUACUGUUGCUGCCCCGCCUCUUCUCUAUCCGUUUUUGGUUUUCUUACGGUCUCCACAGUAGCAAGACCGUUCCUGGAAUUAAGGAAGGUUGAAAUCGGUUGAGUUCUCCUCCCCUGAAUGCACUCAUUGCGUACAGUAGGCCGGGAAAUGUGUUAGAUUUCCGGCCCACCCGGCAGAUUUAAAAAGACCACUUUGCCAUACUUUAGUGAGGCGCAGGAACGAUGCUGCUCCUAUUGACUUACAAACCUGACACAAGCCAAUGCCUUCAAGACAAAACUGGACCAGGAGAAGAAAAGAAAAUAUCAAAAGUGUACGAUUGGCAGGGAAUUUAUUUAAACAAGUGGUAGGACGAAGCCACAGCUGCUUAUUUUUUUGUGAACUCGUGCUUUCAAAGUGAAUCAACAGUUUAGGCCUCACUAUAGCCACUUGUUUGACUUUCCAAAGUAUCUGUUUAUUCCACGUAGGUUACAUUUUGGAUUGUGACCAGACAAUUUUAGCCAGAAGCCAUAAUUUGAAUGAGUGCAGCUUGGAGAUAUGUGGAGAAUGAGGCCAAAAUAAAUGAGCAACUAAGAGUUUGUGUUACAACGCAUGUUUAAGUAACAUCUCGUAAAAAAAAAUACACACGUACAGUAUAGUAAACUUAAUCCACGUUUGUAAAUACACUUUUACACUUACAAUUACUCAUAGCAUUGUAGAUGAUUGCUAAUUUGAUCACAUCAGCCAUUAACAUUUUACGAGGGUUUUUUUAUUUUGUUGUCUCCAUUCACUGCUCAACAGAUCAUUGGGUUAGGAGAAAGUGAGGACUGCAUAUGCUGGAGAUCAGAGCUGAAAAUGUGUU